UUCGGAUUUUAUUCUUCAUAUUCAUAAUACUUUUCAGUAAUGAAGAAGUUCUUGGUGUUCAUUUUAAUCGGAGCUGUUUCAGCUAGAAUUAGCGACGAAAAAUGUGAAGAAUAUAGUGAGCGGUAUAAGCACAUCAAAAAUUGGGGGGAAUUUUCUCACAUUGGUGCGUUAGGUUCCUACGCCGGUGGUGACAUUGAUUAUAAUUGUCCGGUAGUUUUAAUAAGUGAAUCUUUCGCACUGGCUGGAGCUUUCUGUUUUAAUAAUCGAAGACAUGUUGAAAAUAUAUUAUUCGGAAUAUCAAGUACGUCUGAGUUAGGAGAUGAUAAUAACACAUGGGUACAUAUAGUCAAAACUUAUACAGGUCCCUUAUACCAAAAAUCACGUCCUUCUACACGAUUUCCUCUAGUUCUUAUCAAAUUUUCACCAGAAAUAACAGUACAUGAUAAAUUAAGACCCGCUUGUAUAUAUAGUAAAAAGCUUAACGUUGGACAACUUUUAAUUGAUACGGUUUGGACAAAGAAUCAGGACAAAAAAGGCACUGCUUAUACAAGAACUGUCAACCGUUACAAAAACGAACUCUUAAAAGUGAAUUCUCAAGUUGUACCUACGGAAGCGUGCAAAAAUAGGUUUACCUAUCAAUAUGGUAUAAGGAUUGACGACUCUAAUUUAUGUAUUAAACGGGACUAUCGCGGCUCGUUUACAUCCCACCCUGAUUUCGCUGGAGUCUCUCACCUUUAUGAAAACAACAAGAUUAAAGUAGUUGCUAUUGAUGAUUUUGGACCGUUAGAAAUAGGUAGUAAAAUUCCUGAUGUAUCCUCAAGACUUUCUUAUUAUGUUGAUUGGAUUGAAGACACCGUUUGGGGCAACUGAAAUGAGAAACAAUUAUUUUUAUUACUAUAUAUUUCAAAUAAAAUAGUUGAACCAUAACCUUAGGAUUUAAUUCCUGAAUAAAAAAAUAAACUUAAAAAACUCUAUUUAGGAAAUUAUUUUAGAAAAUAUUAGGUUAAAAAUAUUCUAAUAAAUACUUUGAAUAAGAUCUUGUUUGAA